CGAGGGCUGCCAGGUAUCGGUGCCUUGGAGGGCGGAGGCUGGGAGCCCAGCCCUCGCUGUGCUAUGGCGAGCAAGCGGUCCCCGCUGUGGGGCAGGCUUGCAUAAGAGCUGGGCACGGCGCCCGGGAGACCGUCCCGCGGCGUCCACCUGCUGCCGCCUGACCUCCUCCCUGCUCCCCCUCACCUGUCCUGCUUGCCUGCCGCGCUUGGCCGGCGGGAGCGGCGAGCCUAGAGCCCUGCAGAGCUGCAGCAGCAGACCCCAGCCGGCCCCGAGGACCACCCGCUCCCCCCAGGCCAGCCGCUAAAUCGGCCUGUAGAAGCAGCCCAGGUCGGCCCAGGCCAGGGGCCAGGGAUGAAUCCCCGGACCCAGGGCCUCCAGUGGUGCCCCCUUGUCCACGCAGGAGCACGGAUGAGACCUGGAAUCCAGACGGACUGGCCCAGUCAGUCUGGGCUUUUGCCCCCCACAGCCCUACCGGGAGCCAGAGCCAUCGGUGGCUGAGCCCCCGUCGUGCCCCCUGGUUUUGGACAUGAGCCUUCGGGACUCCAGCUAUGGUGCGGCCCCAGGGCCCUGCGUGGUAGCCCAGCUGCCCUCCGAAGACAUGAAUCGUUUGGCAGAGCCCCAGAGCAGAGACCACGGCUUUCUGCGCACCAAAAUGAAGGUGACCGUGGGGGACAGUCCCAGUGGAGACCUCUUCACCUGCCACAUCUGCCAGAAGGCCUUCACCUACCAGCGCAUGCUGAACCGCCACAUGAAGUGUCACAACGACGUCAAGAGGCACCUGUGCACCUACUGCGGGAAAGGCUUCAACGACACGUUCGACCUGAAGAGGCACGUCCGCACUCACACCGGUGUGCGGCCCUACAAAUGCAGCCUGUGCGACAAGGCCUUCACGCAGCGCUGCUCGCUGGAGUCCCAUCUCAAGAAGAUCCACGGCGUGCAGCAGAAGUACGCGUACAAGGAGCGGCGGGCCAAGCUGUACGUGUGCGAGGAGUGCGGCUGCACGUCUGAGAGCCAGGAGGGCCACGUCCUGCACCUGAAGGAGCACCACCCCGACAGCCCACUGCUGCGCAAGACCUCCAAGAAGGUGGCCGUAGCCCUGCAGAACACCGUCACCUCCCUGCUCCAGAGCAACCACCACCUCUGAGCGGCCCCGCCCGGCCCGGGUCGCCUGCCCCCUGCCUGGCGGUGGCCGGGCCUAGAGCCCCCUGCGGCUCACAUGUCCACUCAGGCCUGGCGCUGAGCUCUGCUCACGUUUGCGUUUUUGUCUGAGGGGCAGAGGCCACUCUGAGCCCGGACCAAUGUGGGCGAGGCCCAGGGUGCCUUCCCCGUGAAGCAGCCCGCCUGCAGUGAGAAGACUUCCUUCCCAGAGGACGGAUGGGGAUGCUCGGCGGCCAUGCUGCUCUGGAGCGCGGAGCAUGGGACAGGGGCCACAAGCUCCCCCCUGGGCAGCGGAGGGAAGAGCAGGGUCUGAGAGCAGCUGGGCAAAGCAGGGUGCUGGGGGAGCUGGCGCCCGCCUGCCCUGCAGUGUGCCUAAAGCUCAGGGCCAUGGGGGCCUUGGCCCUUCCCUCGGGGCGGUGCAUACACUGUGCACAGCCACGGAUGCUCCUGCACACACAGGAGGCCUUUCCACACAUCACCUCAUUUUUAGGAAACCGACAACAAGGUGCCAAGGAAGUUUUAUUUCCUUUUUUUUUGACACAUGUACAGAUAUUAAUAUAUUUUUGGUGCCAAUGGUGGCUAUUUUUAAGAGAGGAUGGAGCUGGCUUUGUUCCCUCUCCAUGCAGUUCUAUUUAUCCUGGACAUUUCAUACCUCCUCUGUGCCUUGGCUCUGGGGGCAGGUGGGGGGCUUCCCUAAGCCACUCCCAAGCCUUGUACCUCCCAAGAUAUCUCACCAAAGACCUUCCUCCAGUCCUGCCUGGGGGCUACCCAUCUGCUGGGGUAACGCACUGCGUUGGCUACUCCCCCUCCCCCGGGGGGCUCUGCUUCCCUCCUACAUCCUUUCAAAGCCUGCUUGGGGGUUACCAAGAGCCUGUUUGCCUCCUAAGAAUGGACCUUUUUUGGAACAACUCACCGUUGUGGAGGCCAAGAGUUUGUCCAGUGGCAGCUGUAGGAGGAAGGCCUGUGGGGUGGUGAGUCCUUGAUCCACAGAGUCCACUGUCUGGGACACUGAGAAGAGAACAGGACCAGGCUGCAAGGCCUGCCCUUCCUGGGUGGAGUGAACAAACCUAGGGCAGCAGCGAAAAAUUGGGCCCCAUCAGAGGCCCCUCGGGAGGGCAGCAUUAGAUGUUUGAGGCCUACUUUCUGACUUUUUCACAUGGCUGGGUUACGAGCGCGUGAGGAACAAGCCAUCCCAGAACUGGUUGGCUCGACUGGAGGAAAUCGGCCACCAGGCUCUAAUGGUGUGGCUGGGUUUCCUGCUAAAAAACAGGAGAAGGGGUGUGGGUCAAAAAGGAGAGAGGGACAGGGCUGGAGCCAGCCUGCCGAAGAAGGAGAAGGCAAACUAGAAAGAGGUCCGAAGAGUGCGGCGGGCUGGGCCGGCCGGGCCCCUGGGCAGAACCAGCCCCAGACUGAGGGGAAGGUGCUUUCUCCGACCGCCCUCUGACUGUGUAUAGAUUGUUCUGGAAGACUCCUGUUUUAUUUUACUUUAGAGUGUCUGGGAGCUGCUGUAUUCUGGAAGUUAUAUAGUAUAAAAUAACCUUAUCUGGAAGCUCUGUUUCGUUUACAUUUCUGUAGCCCUGUGUUAUUGCAAUCGGAGGGAGCCCUAAUGCUCUGUGUUGUCUGUUUUAUUUUAUAACUUUCCCUCCAACUAUUAAAAUCCAAGAAUUAUCGUUU